AUGAAUGAAUGACAUUUCUGUCUCGGGUUUCCAUGUGAAUUAUCGAUUACUCAGUCUCGCGCUUAUUUGCCUCGAUCUCCACAGCUGAUCGAUCCGCUCUGGCAGAAGAAUCCUGAUCUCUCUUCUACUGGACAGGACACCCGUAAGCAUGGAAGACACUUACUGAGGCAAUCACGGAGAGAUACGCGUUUAUACCGACUAUGGCUGUAGACGCUGCAUCCAGUUUCAGCUACUGUCGGGCUGCACUGGAGCACACGGUCUCAGCAGAAGAGUUAAACUAUCAGCUGCCACGGAUGGCUGGGGGAAACCUUACCUGGCAUGAGGGCCGAGGACAGAGGGUGACAAGGAGGACCGUCAAACUGCUACAGCAGCCUGGCACAGAGGGAAUACAGAUCCAGCCAGGUGAGGCCUUCACUAUGUACCACACCAGCCCGACGCUCUCUAGCUUAUGCAAACCCGUGGUGCUGUGGACCCAGCAGGACGUGUGCAAGUGGCUGAAGAAACACUGUCCACACAACUACCUGACCUAUGUGGAGGCCUUCUCUCACCACGCCAUCACAGGUCGUGCUCUGUUGCGGUUGAAUGGGGAGAAGCUGGAGAGGAUGGGUAUCGUACAGGAGACUCUGAGACAGGAAGUGUUGCAGCAGGUCCUACAGUUGCAGGUCAGAGAAGAAGUACGCAACCUACAAUUGCUCAGCAGAGCUUCCUUUGGAAACCUGUCUUAGCUCGUGUAUCCUUUUGGCAGCUCUCUCCACUUCCCGACGGGAACAGGAGGCCCUGUUCCAAAUUGAUAGAGAUUGAGACAGAAGAGAGAAUAUGCCUGGCUGGAGCUGUGAAGAAGAAUGUUAACUCUAUACCAAUUUAACAGACAGGACUGUCUUUUUAUGCACAUCUGGAGGGGGUUCAAAGACUCAGAAGGAGACAAUGCCAGACUCUGGAACUGUAUUAUAGCGAUAAGAUUCAAGUUUCAACUCAUCUCUAAAAUCCCUAGAGCACCUACCAGAGCUUUGUCAGACAACAAGGAUAGGUCGACUUGAUAUGGAUUGGACCUUGGAUUGGCUGGUGGUCAACACCUCUCUGUAGACUCUUGAGUAGAUAUUGGCUCCAAAAAUAAGCUUGAACUGGGAUCUCAGAUCAUUUUAAAGGAGCAACUCAUUUUAGCAGCCUUGAUUCCCUGAGAUUUAAAGUGUUUGGAUGCCUGACAGCACUGCUCUUUUACCUAUAAUAAUUAGCUGAACAUGGACAUAGAAUAAAUACUGUCUGUAAAUGUCUUGCUCAUACCUCUCACGAUAGAUUGUAUCGUUCCAACUACAGAUAUAGGAUAAAUUAGAUAUAGAACAGGGAAUGCCCAGAGGUUUGAAUAUCCAAUAUUUUCUUAUCCCUGACUUCUACGCUACAGCACCAGCUUGUCCCAUAUAGUUCUUUCUGAUUCUGAUUCCAGUGGGGUGUUCACACUGUCAUUGAUCUGCAGACAUAAUGUGACCAGAAGUCACAGAUUCUCAAUAAGAGUGUAAUUUGAGGUAAUAUAAGCAGCAGCAACAUUUAGCGAUACAAGUUCAACUUUAUAGAAAUACAUAGCAAUGCGAUGUAGCGACCACCAAGAAGAGUGAAGACAUUGAAGGUCACAGGAUCCUCUGCCUUAUGCAGUGAAUGUUGGAACAUCUACUACCAACAGCAACUUCCAGCGAUUUAAUUGCUGUCUAUGUGAACGCCCCUUAAAGGAAUAUUCCAGGAUCAAUAUAAGUUCAAUCAACAGCAUUUGUUGCAUAAUGUUGAUUACAAGAAUAAUUAAUUUCGACUCAUCCCUCUUUUUCUUUAAAAAAGCAAAAAUCGAGGUUACAUUGAGGCACUUACAAUGGAAGUGAAUGGUGCAAAUUUUUGGAGGGUUUAAACAGAAAUGUGAAGCUUGUAAUUUUAUAAAAGUACUUACAUUAAUUCUUCUGUUAAAACUCAUGUAUUAUUUGAGCUGUAAAGUUGUUUAAAUCAUCAUUUUUGCAGUAAUUUUAGGGUUAGGGAUUGUUGACAUUACAUCGCCCUGGCAACAAUGUUGUAAAAUUAGCUAUAACUUUACACAGAAAGGUUAGUAAGUGAUUUUAUCACACUAAAAUCAUGUUUACUUGCUUAUUGUUAAUGUCUUGUGGCUUUACUUUUGAAACAGUAUUUUAUACUUUUGAAUAUUUUAUCAUUUAUGGAUUGGACCCCAUUCACUUCAGUUGUAAGUUCAUCACUGUAACCCAUAUUUUUUAUUUUAUUUUUUAUUUUUUUUAAAGAAAAUGACAGACAAGUAAAAAAUAUUUUUUGUGGGAAUCAAUAUUACGCCACAAAAGCUGUUGAUGGAGCUUAACUUGUAUUGAACCUGAAAUAUUCCUUUAAUAUUUAUUUAUUUAUUUUUUUAGUUAAAGGGACAGUUCACCCAAAAUGAGGGUGAUGAUAGAUGAUGACUGAAUUUUUAUUUUUGGGUGAACUACCCCUUUAAGGAAAAUGUGUUUAAAAAUACUGUAUCAGGGGUUAAAUUGGGCCGGUUUUAGAGUUCCCCCACCUCCGAAAUCCCCAUUUAACACCUGACUGUUUCUAAACACUGAAUGUUAAACCGGCACACUCAAAAACCAACCGUCAAAAAUAAUAUUUCUUCUCAUGAGAUGUACGUUUGUUUCCUUGUUCCUGCUGUUCCCUUCAUGAAAGCACUGUUGUAUAUUUUGAUUUCUGUGUCAUUUUGAAAUAAUAUUAUGUAAAAUAUGUUGCUGUUCAAGUUUUCUCCUAAUAUAAAAAUAAUAUGUCUGUAUAACUAUGAACAUGAAAUUUUCUGCAGAUUAUGGUACUUACAGUAGGAACAAUGUGUCUAGAUCGUCAUUAUUUAGAAAAAUCCCAGUUGUCUCUGUUUACAAAGCAAUAAUAUAGAGUGGCACCACAGGUCUGCUUGACCUGAUAAAGACUGUUUUCAGCUAACUUAAAAAUCCCAAACUUCACAGAACCUUCACUUUAGGCCUGAAACUCUAUGUAAGUACAGACGUAAGAACACAAAUGCUUCUAGCUACGCAAGCUUAAUUUCAUGCAUUGUUGCGUUACAAAAUGUGUCAGAAUGCAAUUCAAAAUGCAAUGCAGGUAUGUCAAACUGUCUUCGUUUAUAGUCAUUUCUCUUCCAGGUCAACUACUGUCAUGGCAGAGCAACAGUUUGAAGAGAAUCUUGCUGAGAAAGUUAAAGUUACAUAAACUGUCAACAUUUUUAUAGCUAGCGACCUAGUUUAAUAGCCUAAAAAUCUGAAGGUAUCUCUAUCGCCCCCUUAUGUAUGGAGGUUUGUUGCAGCCACAUUAACACAAGAACAUGUUUAAAAAUGUACAAUGGAAUCUUGCUUGCAGUGCGUUGUUCAAGCAUUCGUGCCUGCAUUUGCAUACUAGCAUAGAGUGUUUCUGGCCUCAGAUUCCUGAUCUGUCCCUCAAAUCAGGAUACUUUUCAACAGAGAAUUUGUUUAGUAUGAUAAAGGAUCUUCACAAACCUUCACCAAACUUUAAACUCUUGCUGAAUUCUUCAUCUAUACUGCCAUUACGGUGAGAAUAUAGUUCUUUUUUGUUAUUUUGUGUUUAUUUUCCCUGAACGCUCCAACACCAGUCCACACUGUGAUGCCAGUAGCAUGUUUAUAUUAGAAGGCUACAAUGUCUUUAAUGACAAUGAAUUUUAAAGAAAUAGGGGCCUGGUUUACUGUAAAGUCUUAUUUUGACAGCAGCCAAAAUCUAAAAGUGAUUGUUUGAGGUUUAGUCCAACUAGCUUUAGCACAAGUUCCAACAUGUAUUCAAGGCUGACAGAAAUCUAGCCCCCUAUGACAUAAACCAACUGAGUACAUCCAGCACAUGGUUAAAAGUGUUUAUAUGGGACUGAUGGGACAGAAUGUCACAUUAUGAAAGAUGGUUUUCAGGAGUGUUUUGCUGAUUGCUUGAAAAGGAAACUAAUCACCAUUUUUUUUUUCUCUAGACAAGAGAAGGUUCAUUUCAAUCUUGUUAUGCAAAAAAGUGAGGGCGGGUGGAUAUUGGUUGUGUAAUUGCUUGAUACCAAGAUAAAUAUACAGUAUAUUACAGUACAUGUUGUGGCAAAGACAGCUGUAUGCGUGUGUUUUGGAAUAAAGUUUUGAAAAUAUAGAUUACUCUUAUGUAUCUAUUCUCUUUUACUAUUGUUUUGUGAUUGUUUGAAACAAUUAUAGUAUGGGCCACUGAAUGUAAAAUAAAGCCGGCGCCACACUAGCAGACACCAAACAACUCGAUUUUGGCCGAGGGUGUCACACAUGCAGACUGUUUUGCAGAGAUCUUGCUCUCUUCAGUCUGAGGUAUGACAC